AUGGAGGCCUCAAAAGCUCCAAGUGAAGUAGGAUUGCAGCCUUCCGGCAUCAAGGUGAUCGUUGUCGGCGCAGGUUUCGGUGGUUUAACCGCUGCAAUCGAAUGCCAUCGACAAGGACAUGAUGUAGAAAUAUACGAGUCAUUCCCUGAACUCAAAUCACUUGGUGAUAUCAUCUCUUUCGGGCCUAAUGCCGGCCGCAUAUUCCGUCGUUGGUCAAAUGGAAAGAUUGCGGAUCGUUUGAAGCCACUCAGUAUUAACUUAGAAAGUCAUGGUUUUAAAAUCCACAAGUGGACAGGUGAGCUGGUUCAUACACAGAUCGCACACAAUCCGGACCCAGAUGCACCAGUCUUCAACGGUCAUCGCGGUGAGCUGCACACGGUGGUCUUCAACUAUGCCAGGGACGAGCUUGGUAUCCCGAUUCAUCUCGGCCAGAGGGUUAUGGAAUAUUUCGAGGAUGGGAAUCAAGCAGGUAUAGUUUUGGAAAGUGGAAUAAAGGUUAUCGGCGACAUGGUUAUCGGUGCAGAUGGCGUGCGCUCCAAAGCACGCGAGUUGGUAUUGGGCUAUGUUGAUAAGCCCAAGUCAAGUGGAUACGCUGUUUUCAGAGCAUGGUUCAAUAAUAAUGAUAUGAUUCGGGAUCCACGAACAAAACAUUUUUGCGAGAAUGGAGACACAUUCAAUGUUCUUUAUUUUUUUGAGCCAAAGAAAGUCAUUGACAAAGUGAAACUCCAGGACGAUGCGGAUAUCGAAGAGUCAUGGUCUUUCCCAGGCAAGCUAGAGGAUGUAUACAAAGUGAUCGAAGGCUGGGACCCAAUUUGCAAGGCAAUUGUUGAAAAGACUCCUUCGAUAGUUGACUGGAAACUUGUUUAUCGCGAUCCACUACCACGUUGGGUAAGUGAACACGGACGCAUUGCUUUGCUUGGAGACUCGGCACAUCCGUUUCUUCCCACUUCAGCACAGGGAGCAACACAAGCAAUGGAAGACGGAGUAGUCCUGGCCGUGUGUCUGAAGCGUGGUGGAAAGAAUGGCGUGCCUGCUUCUGUUAGAGCAUACCAGGAUAUUCGGUAUGAACGAGUCUGUGCUGUUCAGAAGACAGGUGAGACCACUCGCGACCUGUGGCACAAAGCAGACUGGGAAAAGGUAGCAAAGGAUCCCGCGUCAAUCCAGAUGCCUCGUGAGGAUUGGAUAUUCCGAUUUGAUGCGGAGAGAAAUGCGGAAGAGGUUUUCCCCCAGGUCGUUGAGGUGAAAUAA